AUGGCUGCUGUUCGACGGCAUACCAAAUCGUUAACCGAACUUAAUAUAGAAGAAAAUAGAAAUAAUGCCUUGUUGAAACUUCGUGGUGUUAUGUACAAAUGGACAAAUUUUGUAUAUGGAUGGCAAAAACGAUAUUUUGAACUAGAAAAUGGUGUUUUAGUAUAUUAUAAAGCGGAAUCUGAAAAGCAAUACGGAAUUCGUGGCGCAGUCGCAUUACACGUUGCACGUCUUGUGGAAAGUGAUAUUGACUGUAAUCGAUUUGAUAUACUAACAAAUGAUUCUUGUUGGUAUUUAAGAACUCAAAGUCCAAAAUCGCGGAAUUUAUGGUUACGUGCUUUAAGAUUCCAAAUGUUCGGGACAGCCAAUGAACCGAAAAACCAUUGUUCGAUUGAUGAUUUGGCGCGAAAUACAGAUUAUGGACAGUCGUCAUUAUCUUUAGAAUUGAUGAAUAAAAUGGAACAAUUGGAACGUUUCAACGAUAUGAUUGAACGACAAGCAGUUCGACUAGAAAAGUUAAUUCAUAUAAUCAAGGAUAACAGAGAAAAUACUUGUGCUACCUCUCUUCUUGAUGAAAGCAUUGCACUGAAUGCUGUAACUAUUGCCGUAUUGCAGAAUAUUAACACAUGUGUUGAUUUACUCGCAAAACAGGUAUUAGCAAAUUUUUCAAAUAUUAAUGCAGCCGUUCGUUGA